CCCAUGGCCAGUAAAAAACCUUACAGCAUUUGAUAAAUUCCCAAUGCCAUGGCUGAGAGAUUGACUACGAAAGAAGCUCUCAAGAAACUCGAUGCUCAACUCGAAUGCUCCCUUUGUCUUGACACUUUCAAGCAACCGAAACUCUUGCCUUGUUUUCACGUAUUUUGCAAGUCCCCGUGUCUGGAGAAACUAGUGACCAAGGAUGGACGCUCCCUCACUUGCCCCAUCUGUCGACACAUUGUCCCACUGUCAGAGAGGGGAGUGGCUGGACUGCAAUCAGACUUCCACAUUGACCACUUGUUUGAGAUACAAGAUGCUUUCAACAAGGCCGAAGACGACAAUGAUACAAAUUGUGGCAACUGUGAGAAUGGCAGAGCCACCGGGUACUGUAACGACUGUGGGGACUUUUUGUGUGAUGAGUGUCAAGAUGCUCAUAAGAAAAUGAAAUAUCUACGGAGUCAUAAACUAAUUUCACUGGAUGAACUUAAACUUCAAGUGACUAACCUGGUUCCCCCCAAGAAGGCCGUCCCCCAUUGCUCCAAACACUCAGGGAAUGCUCUCAAGAUAUACUGCGAUACCUGCUCCACUGUCAUUUGCACGGACUGCACCAUUCGUCUCCACAAACACCACAACUACGACCUGGUGGCUGAUGUGCUGACCAAGCACAAGGAAGAACUUGUCUCCAGUCUCAAACCAGUCAAAGAUAAGCUGGACAGUGUACAACGAGCUCUGAAGGACUUUGACACAAGAGCCAAGGCAAUCCAUGAUCAGAGGGCCACGAUUGAAGCCAACAUCCACGAGGAGAUUGACGAACAACAUCGACUAUUGGACCAUCGAAGGGCAGAGCUUGUGGGAGAGCUAGAGAUGCUGACUCAGCAGAAGCUGAAGGAUCUAGCGGCACAAAGGGACCAAGUGGAGAUGUCUCAGGUGAAACUGACCAGCUGUCUGGAGUACACUGAGGGUGGUCUCAAAACAGGCACAGAUGGUGAAGUACUCGAAAUGAAAUCUUCCGUUGUUAAGAGAGUGGAACAUAUUUCUACUCAAUUAGAAUUAAUCGCUAUUCAGCCAGAGACAAAGGCUGACAUGGAACUGACCACUAAAGGAAAAGAACCUCUCAAACAAGCUUGUAGAACAUUUCUAGAGAUUGAUCACGGUGGAUCAUUCAGCUUAGAGAACAGCCGCACGACAGGAGAUGGCCUAAAAGGUGCUACAACUGGAGAAACAAAAACAGUAUCCUUUCAAGCGAACAAGAAAUUUAAAGGAAACUUCGACCUCCAAGCUGAACUUGUGCAUAUCGAAAGCAAAAAAAUACUGAAAUGUGAAGUGAUCGAGCAACAACAUGGCCAACACAAGAUCAACUAUCGCCCUAUGAAACGAGGAAAGCAUGAACUACACAUCACUGUCAAUGGGGACGCAGUACGAGGCAGUCCAUUCCCAAUAGCUGUAGCCCCAUCACCACAGAGCUUCAUCAAGCCUUCCCGAGUUGUACGAGGUGUGAACACCCCACGAGGCACUGUCUUUAACAGUAAGGGACAGUUGAUUGUUGUUGAAGGUAGUGGAGCUACUGUCUCUGUAUUGACACCAGAGGGUGAGAAGAUACAAACGUUUGGACAGCUGAGUAAUGCAUAUGGAGUAACUGUAGACAAAGACGAUAAUAUCUAUGUAGUGGAGAAUGGGCAUCAUCGUGUGAAUAAGUUCUCAUCCGACGGAGAGUUUGUGGCAGCUGUUGGUAGUCAAGGCAAUGGUAACCUUCAGUUUCUGCACCCUAUUGGUAUAUGUUAUAACACAAGAGACAACAACCUGUAUGUGGCUGAUAACGUCAACCACAGAAUGCAAGUGCUUUCCACUGAUCUGAAGCUUGUACGAUGUUUCGGUACACAAGGCAAUGAUAACGAGCAAUUACAAAACCCGUGGUAUCCAACAUUUGAUAGUGCCAAUAACCUCUAUGUGACUGAGUACACAAACCAUCGAGUACAAGUGUUCACUGCUGAAGGUCAAUUCCUGAGAGCCUUUUCACAAAAAUCCAACGGUUCGAAGCUGAGUCAUCCCCAAGCCAUUGCCAUCGAUAGCAGUGACACGGUGUACGUCAGUGAGGAUGGAUCGCAUCAUGUGAGUGUGUUCACAUCUCAGGGAGCCUACAUCACCACGUUUGGUGGGCGAGGAACAAAAAAGGGACAGUUUGAUCUAAUUUACGGACUCUCUAUUGAUCGCAAUGACUCUAUUGUUGUGUCCGAUCAAGACAACGGGCGACUUCAGAUAUUUAAAUGAGAUAGCUAGUGCAGUCAAGCCAAGAACUUUAAGUGGACUGUGUUUGUAGGUUAUCAUUAAUUUGUGCUCUUAGUGAACAUCUUAAAGUAGUUGUAAUGAAGUUUGUUUCUAUGUUUGUAGCCAUGUUUCUUUUGUAGCUUUAAGUAUAACGUGCAGGCCUAGCGCCUAUUGUGAAAUCCGAUUUUGUUCGUUAUCAGCUA